GGCGUAAUUCAACACUAUUAAAUACAUAAGUCGACAGGCAGAAAUAUUUAAAAUCCAGAAGAGGAUAUCAUGUAAACGAAAGCCAGGAAAAGUGAGAUCUCUCUCGAAGAAUCGUUGAAUUCGUCGAGUCGCGCGUCGAAGAGUGACUAUAUAGAAAUCUUAAAAAUUAUGGAACGGUAGAUCGUUAACGUCGUCAAAGCUUUUCAACCCUGGAAACAAAAAUGGAUUCCAACGUAGAGGAAACGGAACUGGACGUCGGAUCAGCGAGCGACGAACUCGAAUCACCGAUCGGGGAGUCGAAACUACCGCGACGACCCACGCCGAAGCCGUUCACGAUCGAGAGUUUGAUCGGCAAUUGCGGCACGCAGAAAGUAAGCUGCGAUCCAGAAACGCAGACGGAAAAAACAAACGAGAACGAAGAGGAUUCUGAUCGAGACAGGGAAUAUCUUUAUCAGAGACACUAUCUGGCAACCGCGGCUGCCAGCGCACUACCUCCUGGUUUUGGUGUGCCACUCGGAUUGUACGGUGCAUGGUUACCGAUGCGGAUGUACGGCACCGGCGGAGCUUCCGGUGUCCCAAUGUUACCAGCGCACACCUCCGUCAGUUAUCCGUCCCACCAGGAUCUUUAUCAGAAUCGGUUGUCGCAGCAUCUCGGUCCAGGAACAAAUCACCUUCAAGGUGCGGCUUAUCCGGCCGCUUGUCAGCGUAGCUCGAACCUUCGUGGCUCGACAAGCUUCACGGACAGCGAGGAUGACGGUAGUAUCGAUUCACCGGCGUCACCUGCUCACGAUCUUUCCAAAUCCAGACACGGUUCGGAGAAUGGUCGCGCCUCGGCGGAGAGCGAGGACGAGGGUGGAGGAUUGAGCAUGACCGGCGAGGGUCACGACGCCACCGACACCAUGUCCAGCAACGCGUCCAGCAACGUGAGCCCCGGUGGUUGUUCCCUGGAGAACGGUCAGAGCACGUCGACGAGCGGCACGUCCAGCAGCAACAACAACAAGGCCAGACGCAGACGAACAGCGUUCACUUCCGAGCAACUGUUGGAACUGGAGCGAGAAUUUCACGCGAAGAAGUAUCUCAGUCUGACCGAGAGAUCGCACAUCGCGCACGCUCUGAAAUUGUCCGAGGUGCAGGUGAAGAUCUGGUUUCAAAAUCGACGUGCCAAGUGGAAGAGGGUGAAGGCAGGGCUAAGCGGCGGCGGAGUUGGAUCCGGUGCGGGCAGCAUGGCGACUGCCGGUACCUCUAGCAGGCACAACGGGGCAGCUGGGCAACAUUCUGGAAACGGGACCAGGAUCGUCGUGCCGAUUCCGGUGCAUGUUAGUCGACUAGCGGUGAGAUCUCAUCAUCACCAUUUGGAGAAGUGCGCCAGGCCGCCGAGAGUCAGGCCAACGACCGAAAGCCCAACGUCGUCCAGCGUCUCGCCGUCGGUCCUCGGGGACGCUCUUGGACUGGUUAACUCGUCCAUUAACUUGAGCGGACAGGUGCAGAGCCCUCUGAGCGGCGGAGUUGGAAUCGGAGUCGGUGUCGGACUAAGAGCGUUCACGGUUCCCUCUCAUCGCGGUGGUCUCAGUUCUUCCGGCAGGUAG